UUAAAGGAAAACGAAGGUCUGAAUGCUAAAGUUACCUACCGUCUUUCCAUCACCCUUUCCUCUCUAUCUCUGAUCAUUCAUUCACACUGAAUAUACGUGCAAGAAAGCUCGAGUCGUGGUUGCAUAAGUCUGCAACUUCUGACGACCUCUAGCUUGGGGCUGAACGGGGCAGAUCGCCGGAUGGAUACUAGAGAUCCGAAUGAAUCUGGUUCAUCUUCAUCUGCAUCUGAGAAUUAUGACGGUAUUGGGCCAAAGUCAUAUUCAUACGAUGAACUAGCAAAGGUAACUGGUCAUUUCUCGCACAAUAACCUAAUUGGUCGAGGUGGUUUUGGUCAUGUUUUUAGAGCAUCCUUAGAUGGCGAGACUCGUGCUAUCAAAAGACUUGAUUAUCCGGGUGUAGAGUCUGAAGGAGAUUUGGAAAGGGAGAUUAUGGUCGUAAAAAGCAUCAGUCACAAAAACCUCGUUGAACUGAUUGGUUACUGCAUUGAUGGAGCCAAUAGAUUGCUUAUUUUAAAGUAUUUUCCAAAUGGAUCUUUGAGAUCUAAAUUAGAUGGGAAGGAGAAUGUUUUAGACUGGAAAAAAAGAAUGAAUAUUGCUAUAGGUUCUGCAAGAGGACUGGAAUAUUUACAUGAACACUGUAAACCUAAAAUUAUACAUUUAGAUAUCAAGCCGGACAAUAUUCUUCUUGAUGAACAUUUUGAACCUAAGAUAACAGAUUUUGGACUUGCUCAUUUUUUUACGGGUGCUGCUACUCACAUAUCCAAAUCAUCAGUUAUGGGAACCCAAGUUUAUGAAGAUCCACUGACGACAAAAUUGGGGAAGUAUUCUGAUAAAUCUGAUAUUUAUUCUUUUGGUGUUACGCUUUUAGAGCUGAUUACCGGAAGAAAACCUUUAGAUGAUGGCAUUGAUAUUGUUACUUGGGCAAAUCUUCACAUUAGAGAGGCUUUAGAUGGAAAAUAUGCAAAUUUUGUAGAUUCCAAAAUACAAUCUUUUGAUGACGAAGAAAUGCAUAGAAUGGUUUCUUGUAUUAAUUCUUGCUUAAAUCGACUUCCAAAAUUUCGUCCAACAAUGGAAACGAUACGUCUAGUUCUUGAAGGAAAAUCGCCUCUAGAAGAAUUAUACGAUCUCAAAUUACAAUGCGAUGAGAAUACUAUUGGGCCAAAGUCAUAUUCAUACGGUGAACUAGCAAGGGUAACUGAUCAUUUCUCGCUCAAUAACCAAAUUGGUCGAGGUAGUUUUGGUCAUGUUUUUAAGGCAUCCUUAGAUGGUGAGAUCCGUGCUAUUAAGAGACUUGAUUUUCCGGAUGUACAAUUCGAAGAAGGUUUGGAGAGGGAGAUUAUGGUCUUCAAAAGCGUCAGACACAAAAACCUCGUUGAACUGGUUGGUUACUGUAUUCAUGGAUCCAAUAGAUUGCUUAUUUCAAAGUAUUUUCCAAAUGGGUCCUUGAGAUCUAAAUUACAUGGAAGUGGGGAUGUUUUGGACUGGAAAAAAAGAAUGAAGAUCGCCAUAGGUUCUGCAAAAGGAUUGGAAUAUUUACAUGAACACUGUAAUCCUAAAAUUAUUCAUUUAAUUAUGAAACCGGAUAAUAUUUUUCUUGACGAAGAUUUUGAACCUAAGAUAACAGAUUUUGGACUUGCUCAAUUUUUUACCGACGGUGCUACUCACAUAUCCAAAUCAUCAGUUAUGAGAACCCAUGUUUAUGAAGAUCCACUAACAACAAAACUGGGGAAGUAUUCUGAUAAAUCUGAUAUUUAUUCUUUUGGAGUUACACUUUUAGAAUUGAUUACGGGAAGAAAACCUAUAGACAACGGCAUUGACAUUGUUACUUGGGCAAAUCGUCUAAUUAAAAAUGAUUUGGUGGGAAGAUAUACCAAGUUUGUAGAUUUCAAUUUACAAUCUUUUGACCGUGAACAAAUGUAUCGAAUGAUUUCUUGUGUUAAUUCUUGUCUAAAUCAACCUCCAAAUUCUCGUCCAACAAUGGAAAAGGAAGCAGACGAGCCCAAACCUAGCCUCAAGCCUUUUAUCAUUCAAGAAACUAAUAAUUAUGGUGGACAUGCCAGUCGACGACCAACAGAAGCAACAAGUUAUGGUUCCUCCAACAUCAUUCCAGAAACUUCAUUUGAUGAGAUGGAUUGUUUUCCCAAACCCAUUGCCUUUAGGAGAAGAUGAACAUGUUACAUUUAAUAAAAACCUUAAACCUUUCUCAUCUUAUUUUUAAUAGACCAGAAUUAUCCUUUAUCAUUUUAAA